AUGAGUUUGUGUGGUUUGUGUCGGCACUCAAUGGCCAGACAUGUGUUGCGAAACAAUACGAGUAUUUGUUUGUCAAACGAGUUGUUAGUGAAUAAAGUGAUGACAAGAGUCGCCAAAACGGCUCACUUUCGGCACAAAAGUGACGGCAAAACGGAUUUGGAGUCAAUUGUAAUCCCGGUUUCGGUCCGACGGACGCAAACGCCCGACGAUAUCAGUGUUGGCGAAGAGUUGUCGGGAAAGUCGUUGAAGAAGAACGAGAUAAUAGUUAUAUUGAAUAAAUUCAUCCAAAGGCCAGUCAUCAGGAAGUUGUGCGAAGACAACGGUUUGAAUCAUCGGCUCAUGAAUGAGGCGUUCAUUAGUUUCCGCAAACAUUGUGUUGAGUCGAAAGCGUUGGCCACAGAACUGCAUCUCAUUCUCAGCGAUAUCCUCCAGAAUGUGGCCAAUAUUGACGAUCUGUUCCCGUAUUUCAUAAAUCACGCGAAGGUAUUGUUUCCGCACUUGGAUUGUAUCGAAGAGCUGAAGAAAAUCAGUGAUUUAAGACUUCCGCCCAACUGGUACUCAGAGGCCAGAAGUAUGACUCGGAAAGUGAUCUUUCAUUGCGGACCCACUAAUAGUGGCAAAACAUAUCACGCGCUCCAGAGGUUCAUGACAUGCAAAUCGGGUGUCUAUUGCGGUCCACUUAAACUGUUGGCCGUUGAGGUCCACCAGAAGACCAACGCUUACGGCACGCCCUGUGAUCUCGUGACCGGCGAAGAGCGACGCUUUGCCGGCGAAGAUAACACGGCUUCCAAUCACGUCGCCUGUACUGUCGAAAUGUCUUCAGUCACAGAGAGGUGUGAAGUGGCGGUGAUUGACGAGAUUCAGAUGAUCCGUGAUAUGGGUCGCGGGUGGGCGUGGACUCGCGCUCUCCUCGGAAUACCCGCCGAAGAGAUUCAUUUGUGUGGAGAAGAGGCGGCACUGGAUCUGAUCAAAGAGAUGAUGGCCGCCACCGGUGAAGAGCUGGAAGUGCGUCGAUAUAAGCGCUUGACUCCAAUCACUAUCGAAGACAAGGCUCUCGUGUCGUUGGAUAACAUAAAACCCGGCGAUUGUAUCGUCUGUUUCAGCAAAAAAGAUAUCUUUGGUGUAAGUCUUGAGUUAGAGAAGAGGGGACACGAAGUGGCCGUCAUUUACGGAACACUUCCUCCGGCGACCAAAUUGUCGCAAACGAAUAAAUUCAAUGACCCGAACGACUCGUGUAAAGUUCUUGUGGCCACUGAUGCCAUCGGAAUGGGUCUGAAUCUGAGUCUAAGACGAGUCAUAUUCUACUCGUUAAUCAAACCGACGCUCAAUGAAAAGGGAGAGAAGGAAAUGGACGUAAUAUCUACUUCUCAAGCGCUGCAGAUCGCGGGUCGGGCGGGAAGGUAUGGCACCAACUUUUCACACGGAUUUGUCACUACAUUCAGAGCCGAUGAUCUGCCGCUCCUUAAGGACGUACUGUCACGUCCUGUGGAGCCGAUAGAGGCGGCGGGUCUGCACCCGACCGCCGAUCAGAUCGAGCUCUUUGCCUAUCAUUUGCCGAACGCAACGCUUUCUAAUCUAAUCGAUAUAUUCGUGAGUUUAUCACAAAUCAACGAAACAAACUAUUUUAUGUGUGAUAUCGAGAGCUUCAAGUUCUUGGCAGAUAUGUUACAACACGUUCCGCUCCCUCUCAGGGCCCGGUAUGUGUUUUGUUGCGCUCCCAUUAACACCAAGUUUGUAUUCGUGUGCACAAUGUUCCUGAAGUACGCGCGGCAGUACUCGAUGAACCAACCGAUGACACUGGACUGGUUGUGCCGACACAUCGGUUGGCCAAUCGCUACGCCCAAGAAUAUCGUGGAAUUGGCGCACUUGGAGUCCGUGUUUGAUGUGUUAGAUCUCUACCUAUGGCUGAGCUAUCGAUUCGCUGAUUUGUUUCCCGACGCGGAGUUAGUUAGAGAUAUGCAGAAAGAGUUGGAUUACAUUAUAUUACAGGGAGUUCUCGGUAUAAUCAGACUCUUGAAGGCCUCUGAGACGAACCGCUCGUACUCUUUGGCUCAAACAUCGGAGAAUGAAUUUCUCCCUAAAUCUAAAGACAUUCAUAAAAGCCAUACAUUUUCCGCCACUUAUGACGAAGACAUCAAUGAAUUGCAAAGACUGACGAGUAAAUCAACUAAACAAUCCAUGAAAGAGUCCUUAUUAAGCAAACAGUUAAUCAAAAAGGGAUUAAUUACUAAUGAAAUACUGACUCGUCUUCAGGAAGAAUGGUCUCAAAAUAUGAAUAAAUCAAAUAAAACUAAACCUAUCGUCGGAUUAAAUACAAAGAAGAGCAAGAAAUGA